UAGGUACCCUGUUGAACCAGCAUGAAGGUCUACUUUGCCGCAGUGUGUUCAGUGGUUGCUGUUGUUGCGGUUGCCAUCGCUUGCAGUGACGGUCGUUAUGGACAGCACUGUCAGUCUGAGUGUGGUCACUGUAAAGGAAACCUGCCAUGUAACAAGAUCAGUGGAACAUGUGAUCAAGGAUGUCAGCCAGGGUUUCAAGAAGCCUUUUGUAAAGGAUGCGUUGAUGGUAUGUACGGGGUUGACUGCAUGUGUAAAGACCCCCUAACCUUUGACGACGAGUCCAGUGGAGAAUGUCCUCAAGGAUGUCAGAGUGACUUCAUGAAGCCCCAGUGUCCAGAGUGUCCAGAGUGUCCAGCAGCACCAGGACGCCCCCCAACCUUUGACAACGAGUCCAGUGGAGAAUGUCCUGAAGGAUGUCAGAGUAACUUCAUGAAGCCCCAGUGUCCAGAGUGUCCAGCAGCACCAGGACGUUCAAACUGGGAACUACCAGUUACAGCAACACUCGGUGCAAAUCUUGUAUUUGCCCUCAUCGCUCUGUUGACAGCCAUCAUUUAUAACAGAAGAUUGAAGAAACAACUAGUUGCUUUACAAAAGAAGUCUGAAAAUGACUACAUGUCUUUAGAUGAGGCGACCAGGGAUCCAGUUGUUGAAAUCAUAUAUGAAAACACUGACAACACCGUCCUGUAGACCAUUAGGGGUCACGUUGGUCAAAUGAGAAAAGUGACAAAACCAUUUCCAUAAUCAUGAAAAAAUAUGUGCCAAAAGCUGGGUCCAUUUGAAGAUUCCGAAUUUUUCAGGAUCAUCUGUUUCGGAAUCACAAUUAAAUUGUGAUCAUAACAGGGUAAAUCCAAAGUUAUA